AUGGCAAGAAGAAAUCAACCAUCGAUGAUAAAAGGAAAUCAACAUAAUGAUCCAUCGACUGAUAUUAAUGUUUUAUUAUUAGGUCAAACUGGUGUUGGAAAAUCCACAUUUAUAAAUGGUUUAGCUAAUUAUUUAUGUAAUGAUACAUUAGAAGAAGCUUGCAAUGAUAAGAUUCAAUCAGUUAUACCAUCAGCAUUUUCAUUUACGGACGAUGAUACAUUCGAACAAAAAACAAUUGAAAUUGGACAGAAAAAUGAACAUGAAGAUUUUAAUGAAGACGGCCGAUCAUGUACACAACAAUGUCGAAGUUUUGUUUUUCCUGUUGGAGAUAAAAAUUUACGAAUAAUCGAUGCACCUGGUAUUGGUGAUACACGUGGUCUUGAACAAGAUACAAAAAAUUUUCAUGAAAUUUUAACUUACAUAUCACAAUAUGAACAUUUAAAUGGAAUUUGUAUUUUACUUAAACCAAAUGAAGAACGUUUAACAAUACUUUUUAGAUUUUGUAUCAAUGAAUUACUUAGACACUUACAUAAGAGUGCAAGCGAAAAUAUUAUUUUUGUAUUUACAAAUGCUCGAGCGACUUUUUUUAAACCUGGUGCAACAUCAAAAAUUCUUCGAGCACUUUUAGAUCAACAUAAAAAAGAGCAUGAUGUUGAUGUAUCUUUUUCAAGAGAAAAUACUUUUCUAUUAGAUAAUGAACCAUUUAGAUAUUUAGCAUUGAGAAAAAAUGGUGUUCGAUUAAAUAAUGAUCAAACAUUAAGCUAUCAAAAAAGUUGGGAUCAUACUGUUAAAGAAUAUUCAAAUCUUAUUAAUCAUAUUGUGACACGUCCUCUUCAUGCUGUUAGUAAUACACUUUCACUUAAUGAAGCUGAACAAUUAGUUAGAAAGUUAACACGUCCGAUUGCUGAAAUAGCAAAACUUAUUCAAGAAAAUAUUCAACUUGCUAAACAACAUAAAGAAAAUGUCCUUAAAAAUCCGCAAUUAGCUAAUCAAGGUUUACCACAAAAUGAAGCUAAAAUUAUUCCAUUAGCUCAUCCAAGAACUGUUUGUAUUAAUGAAAAAUGUUGUAAAUCUAUAACUGUUAAUAAUCAAACAAAAAUUGAAUACAUAUCAAAAUGUCAUGAAGAAUUUAAUCAAUAG